UGUGCAUUAGUACUGGCUCGUUUGACACCAGCAUCACCCGCUAACCUUGAUAAAAUGCAGCCAGCACUACCUCAAUCUGCCAUUUUAAAUGAAGAGAUGUUGCCGAAGAGUUUGAAAGAUGAGGCGAAGGACGUGAAGAAGAAGGAGAAGGAGAAGAAGAAGAAGGAGGAGGAGACGACCAUGGAGAACGUGAAAAACGACAAAGAAGAUUACGUUACUGACAAUGCGGAACAGCCUGAGCGUUCAUGUCAAAGUUCAACUGCCAUUGUGUCUCAAAAAGAUGAUGCGUUCGUUUCCGAUCCAGCUCUCCAGCCCGAUGGAGAGAAUGUCAGAGUUCCCAAGUACCUAAAGGAUUUCGCGAAUAUUCUAAGAGAUACAGGAGAAUUUCAUAGAGUCACUAUGAAGAACAAUGUGCAAACACUUCAGAAGAACAUACAGAAUACGAUACUGAACCAUGAAAUCCUGCCCAAUCCACAUAUAAAAAUCUUCAGGGAGAACAUACAAAAGAUACUCAGGCUUGCAAACAGAUAACUAAAUCAAAUCAAAUCGACCAUGGGUCUAUCCAAAUCAAAUCAAAUUGAAGGUCAGAUUUGAUUUGAUUUAUCUGUUUGCAAGCCUGGUCAUAGCAGCUAACACGCUGUUCCAUUUAGGACGACUUGCGAAACGUAAAGUUCGCAACUCCUAGCCUUCGUUACUAUCUAUUAAUGAACCGUCAAGAUCAUGUAUAGCGGUGUACAAAAGAUUCAUGUUUGGAGGCGUGAUGUGUGAUGCAAAGUCUGCAUAUCCGCACCAGCCACUGCGGCACGGUGCUUAGUUGUAUUACUGUUGACGAUUGGACUGUCGCAGUACAUAAUCACA